AGUACUGAGAAGGGCUGUAGAAUCCUUGAACGGUUCGGAAUUUCGGCAGGGACGCGUCUCGUUCCAAUAAAGAGGUUCUAGAACACACGUAGGCCUAGUGGCCCCGUUACUGGAAGAGGUCUCUAUUGUGCGAAACCCACGAAGAUGGAGGUAUAUCGGCACGAAAGGAAACCCCGACAGUCAGGAAACGAAGCAGUAAGCGGCGGAAAGGGGGUGCUUGGUUGGUCGAGGUCGUAAAACAAUUUUCGUUUCGAACGGUUCCCCGUUUGGAUGGAGGGUUGGGACAUGGGGUGUAGGGUGGCAUAAAUAUUCCGAGGUUGCGCAUCGUGCUCGAGGUGGCUGGAGAGCCGAGGGUGUCGGGGAAGCGGUGGUGGAGAGCAAGUGGUGCCGAAGGAACACGAGGAACCUGGAUUCGUUCGUUUCGCGUGCGAGCUCAGUGCGAGCCCCGCUCCGCGCGAGUGUUCGUCCAGCUGACUGAAGGGUUGCUGGCACUUUCCCGCGAGGACACUGGCGAUCGUCACGAAAGAAAAUGGGCGAAGGACAGCCGACUUACAAAUUGAUCUACUUUGAUGCCCGAGGUCCUGCCGAGCAAAUUCGCUACAUAUUUGCAUACACGGGCGUCGACUACGUCGACAAGAGGAUCCCGAAGGAAAGCUGGCCGGAACUCAAGAAAUCAAUGCCUUACGGAAUGCUACCAGUGCUGGAGAUAGACGGGAAACCGAUAGCGCAAAGCAAUGCGGUGGCGAGAUACUUGGCGAGGAAACACAAUCUGACUGGAAGGGACGAAUGGGAGGCGAUGAUGUGCGAUGUGCUCGUCGAUACCCUUGGAGACUUGAAGCAAAUUAUAUACCAGUAUCGUACGGAGAAGGAUCAAUUCAAGAAGGAAGAAAAGAAGGCGAAACUUUUGAAGGAAACUAUACCCUUUUACUUGAACAAGUUUGAACAAACUAUUGGCGAAAAUGGAGGUUACGCCGUUGGUUCCACUACCACGUGGACGGACUUUGUGUUCGCGGUAGCCCUCGAGAAUUUCGAAAAUAUCUUCGGCAGCGCUGCCUUGGAAAAUUAUCCAGGCCUUCGAGCGCUGAAGAGAAGAGUCCACGGGAUACCUGCUAUCGCCGAAUGGUUGACCAAACGACCCCAGACAGAGGUUUAAACACUCUGAAUCCGCAGGAUGGAAAAGGAACAAGUACAUAUCUGCGUUACUUGCGUGUGCUUUAUCGAAUAUUAUUAAACGUUCGUCAACGUUGUCAGUUGUCAAUGUCAACAAUGUGUUCUGGAUGUGUUACAACUUGCAAAACGAUACAAAUCUCUGCAGACACGUGUGACAAAAACCUGAUAGUAAAUUUAAGUCUCUUCCAUAAACAAAAUUAAUUUAUAUGUACUUCUGGGGCAAUGUGUUAUUUUACUUGCAUUUCUAUAAUUAGACAUUUCUCCGAUGAUUUGAGGGUUUAUGAAAAAUACUCCAUGUACUGAUUUUAAUAGUAAUUUUUGGACCCUAAAACUGUACCGGCGUCAAUUCGUUUACACAAACAUUUGUAUUGUUUACUCACAGUUACAAUUGCAUAUAUGGAAAACGCCCAUUUAUAACAAAAAUCAAUUUGAAGAAAUAAAUAUAGUCACGUGCGAGAUUAUGACUAAAUGUUAAUGAUUAAAUGUUGAGAAACGAUAUAGUGUAUGUUGAAUUGUAAUUGCAAAUGUAUCGACUGAUUGAAUAUAUAAAAUAAUAAUCUGUAAAGAAGUUUUAUGUCCUUCCUUUCACUCAUUAUCUACGUCGAUACGAAUGUUGACAAUUUCAAUAGUAAAUAUGUUCUUUACGCAAUGUUGCAUCAUGUUAUAAAAUCGUACAAUAAAAUUCAUCGCGAUUGCGA